UUUUUAUAUAUAUAUAUAUAUAUAUUUUUAUAUUUAUAUUGGAAUUCUGCUGGGCUGUUUUAUCACUAAGCCAUAUUUGUAGACAUGCCUUAACAUCCUGAACAGAGCCCAGGAGAGAAAGUCUGUUCUCUGCCACUAUUUUCUAGAUUGUAUUUCCUAUUUACCGUGUAUGGCAUUGUCUGUGUGUGUUGGUGAAGUUGACAGUUAGAGAAGUCUCACUUGUGUUGCAGUAAAUAUCUCCUUGCCUUUGACACCUGCCCACAGAGUUUCGAUUGAGGGAGUUUGAGGGUUGACUACAAAAGGUGAAGGGGGGACGCAGCCUCAGCCAGACGGCGUAGCUGCAGGUUGACAAUGAUGCAAAUGUUCUGCAUUAUAUUGUUCCUUUAUUUCUUCACCCCAGCUGGGGGAAGUGAGGUUGGCAUAGUACAUGGUACCAUUUCAACGCCUCAUUCCAGGCCCUAUAUGGCAUCACUCCAGUUUUCUAAAGAACAAGCAUGUGGUGGCAUUCUCAUUCGGGAGGACUUUGUUUUGACAGCAGCACACUGCAAACAGACUCAAGACAUGACUGUGGUACUUGGGGCACACAACAUAAGCAAGAGUGAGAAAAGUCAGCAACGGAUCAAAGUGGCUGCAUACUAUUCACAUCCAAAAUUCACUGGAAAAUAUGAUUAUGACAUUAUGCUUCUUAAGUUGAAAAAGAAAGCCAAACUGAACAAGUAUGUCAGAGCCAUCGAGUUGCCUGAUAAAGACAAUGAGAUCCAUGCCAAUGUUCCAUGUGUCGUUGCUGGCUGGGGCCGAACUGAAUUUCAGGAGCCUGCCUCAAAAUUACUGAGGGAAACCACAGAGAAGACUCAGUUCACCUUUGAGUGCAAAACCAUAUGGAAAGAACACUUCAAAAGUGAUCGCAUGAUAUGCACCACAUUUAACAAGAAGAAGGGAGGAGUUUGCCAGGGUGAUUCUGGCGGACCACUCAUUUGUGAUGGCAAGCCUCAGGGUAUAACGGCUUAUACUGCCCAAGACUGUAGUGAUACCAGGUACCCUCAUGUCUUCACAAAGAUACAAUUCUUCCUUCCAUGGAUCAAGAAAGUCAUGCAGGGAAAUAGGAAUGUUGAGUGAGACAUUAUGCAGUGGGCAAAAAUGUGUUCAUUUCUUCCAUUAAUUAUCAAAUAUCAAGGCUUUGGGGUUUUUUUGCAUUAAAAACUGAACAAGAAUGCUUGAAAU